AUGUUUUUUGAGAAAUUGAGGAUUUAUAACACGAAAGAGAAAUUGAUAGAGAGAAUAAUAUAGUAUAAAAGAGAAGAAGAAAGAAGAAAAAAUAGCCCAAUAAGAGAGAAAAUGAAAAGAACAAGUAUAAAAAGUUGCUUAUUAUUUUAAGUUUCAACUUGUUAAACUUAACGAACAGUUUUCAAUUGUAAUAAUCGAGUAUCAGUAUCUCCAAAGAUUUAAUGUGCUUUAGAUAUAGAGAAAAUAAGAAUGCCCUUUAGUGCAGAGAGAGAGAGUAAUCAUUUAACAAGAGUGACAGAGAUACCUAUUAGAUAAUAGUUUUAUUAUAGAGUUUAUAAAUAGAUUGACUACUCCUUAACCGGCUAAAAAAAGUAUAUUAGACCAUAUUAAUGAGCAGGAGGAAGAAAAGAUGAUUAGAGAAUUAUUUGAUAAUUAUAAACCAGAAUAAUUUGAUGACUUAAUUGAGAAUGAUGUAUAGGAGAUAGAGAGAGUUAAUGAAGAGGCUUAUUUAAAUUCAUUGAAGCAAUUCUCAUAUUAAGAUUAUAGUCCUCAAAGAAUGAAUAUGAUAAAAAAGCAUUAACAUCAUCAUCAUAAAUCAAAUCCGUCUCGUUAAAACAAUAAUAAUAAUAAGUAUUAUUAAUAACGAUAAUUGUAUUUACAAUAAUUGGAAUAUAAGGGUGAUAUUUAUUAAGAAUAAAAUACUGAUCGAGGAAUAUUCCUAAAAAGGUUUAGAUUUGCUAAGUAAUUAAUUUAUUAUAAAAAUAGUAAAAACUUGAAUAAAGUUUGUUAAGAAGAUUUUAGAAAAGUAAUUAAGUAAUAAAAUAAAUUGGAAGAUUAUGCAUAAUUUUAUAAACAAGCCCCAAAUUUAUAUAUGCAAUUGAAUAAGAGUUCAAAUUAAUAAUCUAUAUUUUAAAGUGGAUUAGGAUUAGUACAGUAGUGUAACCACAUUUAAACUGCGAAUGCAUCAGGAUAAAUUAGAACAAAUUAAUAAGUAAAAGUAUUUUCGGAGGCUUUAAAAACUUCAUAAUGCAAAACUUUGACUCAUUUAAAAUUAAGUCAUAAUAAACUAAAUUCUUUAAAGUAUUAGAUUUAAUUUAAUUUAGAAUCUAAUAAUUAACAAAGUCUUUUCCAUAACAUUUAUAAGAAUUAGAUUUAAUGAAUAAUGGAUUGGAUUCUAAAGCUUGUUAGUUAUUAUCAAAAUAUAUAUAAAAUUCAGCUAUAAAGAAAGUGAAUCUAGAGAAUAAUAGAAUAGGAGAUUUGGGUAGCAAUGCUUUAUGUUUAGCAAUAUAAGAUCAUGAUUAUUUGCUUUAUUUAAAUUUAUCGAAAAACAAUCUAACAGAACAUUGCACUAUUGAAUUGUCUAAUUACAUAAAGAAAACUUAAGUUUUAUUUGAAUUGUAUCUUCAUUUUAAUUCUAUAAACAGUGUUGGAGGAAUAAAUAUUUGGAAAGCUUUGUAUAAAAAUUCAAGUGUGAAGGUGUUUGAUAUAUCAUAUAAUAAAACUGCAUCGUUGGAAUGUGCAUAAUAAAUGGCAAAAGUAAUAAUUAAAUAGUACCCAGAAUUAAUGCAUAUUGAUAUUUCAUAUAAUAAUUUUAAUGAAGAAUAAUCAAUAGAGAUUAAAAAAGCAUUAGAUCAAAAUCAAAAUAUUUAUGGAUUUCAUUAUUAAGGUAAUUGUCCAAAAUAUUCUGUUGAUUCUACUGGCCAUUUAAGAGACAGAAUAUAAGAAGCUAUCGAUAUUUAAAAUAAAAUUGAAGAAUGCAAAAAGAAUCCCUAAACAACCUUAAAAUUAGUUGAUGAUAACUAAAUCUAAUCUAUAGAAAAUUAAGAACUUGAAAAUAAUCAUAAUUAUUAUUAAAAUAAGAUAAAUAACUCUCAUAAUGAUUAAGAAUUACAUAGAAAUUUUAGAUUUCGACGUAUUUAGGGAAUGAAACCUAUAAAAUAAAAUUAUGAUAAGGAUGGUGAAUUAGAUGCUUGUUGGAUUUGUGAUGGUUGGUAGGAAGUCAAAUUUACAUGGACUCCAGGUAAAUCAGGUGGAAUGAAUAAUGAUCCAAUAUUUGUACAUCUAAAUUUUGAGAGUUAUAAACCUAUCCUUAUGACCCUACAUAAUGGAGAGUAUUCUGCUUAUAGAAUGUGUCCACCAAAUUAUAAAGUUACUUAUUUUUUUAGUAAUCCUGUAUUAGGAAUUUAGACAACAGCAAAAAACUAAUUAAUCACAUAAACACCUUCAGAUGAUCCAUUAUAUCAAACUAAAUAAUCAUUUUUAUAUAAUGGUGAUAUUUUGAUUGAAGGUAAUCGAAUGGGUUUUGUUAAUGAAAUAUUUACAGAAGAUAAACAAUCAAUAAUGGAUAGAUAUUUUGCUAAAGUUUUCAGUAAGCCAAGAGAAGAGCAAAAAACAUUCGAUUUAACUAAAUUUUUAACAAAAAGAGAAAAACCUUUUUGGAGUUAUGAACUUUCAAUUUUUAAGAACUAUUAACCUGAUAAUGAAGAGUUGAUAGAUGAAUGUUUUGAAUAUGAUUAUGGAAGUUCAAAAAUAAAUAAAAUAAUAAAAGAUCCUUUAGAAUAUAAUGAAGUUAAGGAAAUAAUGAGAGAAUAUUAUCCAUAUAUAUUUGCAUCAUAUAAGUUUUAUGCAUCUAUAUUAAUAGGAGCUACAAUUCCUUGUAUUUCAUCAAAUGCCUUUUUUGAUUUAGUUAAUUCAACCAGUAUAAUAUCAGAUAAAUUCAGAUCUGGUGAUAUAGAUUUAAAUUUCAUUUCUACAUCAAAUGGAAAAGAUAUAAAUUAUCCAAAUGUAUAUGAAAAAGCAUUGGUUAGAUAUUAAUUGAUGGAAUUAUUAAUUAGAAUAGCAAUUGAUAAAUAUUUAAGAACUUAAAUAUGUAAAUCAGUAAAAGAAAGUUUGAGAAAGUUAUUUGAAGAAGAUGGAAUAAAAUAAAAACUCUUAGAAAUAGAUCGAAGUUAAGAUUGGAGAGAUAUGAGAUAUUGGAAUGAAUAAUGUGAUAUGCUUUUAAGUAAGAAUUGUUAAAUUCAUAUAUAGAGGAUAGAUUACCAAUGUUAAAGAUGCUGUUCAAAUAUACAUCCAAAUUAAAUCCUAAAUAAAAAUAUUAUAAACAUUCAUGGCUUUAAUUUAAAGACUUUAGAGAUUUAAUUAAUAAAUGCGAUUUAUAUUGUGAUAUUUUUGUUGAAAGAGAUGCAUAUUUAGUAUAUUUAUUAUCAAUGUAAACUUCAGUUGAUGAAUUGUUCUUACUUAAACAUUUUCAAAUGGAAUUUUAUGAAUUUUUAGAGGCACUUGCUAGAUGUGCUGAAAAACUAUCAUUAAUUAGAACUCAAGAUUAAUUAACUAUUGAUGAAAGGAGAUAACAACCUUUAUUCAAAAAAUUAGAUGCUUUAACUUAUCUUAUCUAUAUAAGAUUAGGAGAAUCAAUAAAAUCUUAUUUUAAAGAUUCAGAAGAUCUUUCGGAUUUCGAUAAAUGCAUGUAAAAAUAAUAUGGAUUGGCUAUCAAAUAACCAAAUCCUGAAGAAGAGGAGGAAGAACUUGAAAAACUUACUCCUUAAUAAGAAGAUAAAAUACUUGAUGAAUAAAUUAAAAUUAUUGUAGUUCCCCCUUAAAUUACGGUGGUAUUUAUCAAAUUUUAUAAAAUAAGGUUUAAACAAAUAAGAAAACCACUGGAAUGACAUUUUUGUAGGUCAUUAAAUAGGCUUAAUAAUAAAAAUAAUUAAAAAACCUAUUCAAUUUGACAAAUGUAGUUUAAUACUUUAGAUUAAAAGAAGAAGACUAAUAAAAAUGA